AUGGCAUCGAAUGCUCUUUCACAAGAAGAGGAAAACUAUGUACGAAUGACUUUGUUACUCACUGGAAUUUCUCCUCGUGCAGUUCGUUUCCAGUUUGAUAAAGAAUUUCCGCCAACAUCUCUAAGUUUUACUGUUAAUGAUAAGAAUGGGAGGAAAAAGCUGAAUGACUUGAGAAGAAAACGAGUCGUUAACCAGGCCCAAUGGGAUCUCCUGUUUCCGUGCAGUGGUGUCACUGAUUCUAAGACUUUUGAUGUGACGCUGAUGAUAGCAUUACUUAGAAACCUGACAACAUCGCCCUUGGUGCCUCCUAUUAAUGGAUAUGACAAACUACCUGUAUCUACAGAAACAACACCUUCCUCAGAUUUAGCAAGAAUUAAACAUUAUAGAAACUUCUUGGCACAUCUUCAUGAUGGGAAGGUAGAUAGCUCAUUAUUUACUACAGCUUGGAAUGAUAUAAGUAAUGCUGUUUUCCGACUAGGAGGAAAAACAAUGAAGCAGGAAUGUGAUCAGCUAAUAACAAAACCACUUGAUAUGUCAAGCCAAGAAAUCGUACGAGACUUACACCAAGCCAGCAAAGACAUUCAAACUAUUAAACAAUCAAUUGAUUUGAUUCAAACUUAUCAUAAAGGGGUAAAAGAGGAUAUUGAAAUACUUAAAGAAGAUGUGACAACAAUACAGAUGGAACAGGAUAGUUUAAGAAAUUCACAUCAAUUGCUUCAAUUUGACCACUUGGACACGAAGAUGGAUGUCCUGUCUUUACAAAUAGAUUAUGAUAUGUUGAAAAAAUCACAUGAUUUACACCAAGUAAAUUCAGUAAAAACAAGAACUGAUUUAAAAGAGCUAACAUCUAUUCACGAGGAAUAUGUACCAAAAAAUAGAAGAGCGCUAAUCGAUCAGUUGUUAGAUGAAUGGCAGAAAAACCGAGAUUCAAUAGUUGAAACCAGAGCUAUGAAAGCUGUACUUGAAUGUGUUCUGGAAAACAGCUGUGUCACAAUAACAGCUAGUUCUGGUGCUGGAAAGACAAGUACUCUAUUACAUGUGGCUUUAAAAAUGAAAGAAGAAGGCUACACUAUACUGCCAGUAACAAAUCCAAAUGACAUUGUUCAGUUUUGUAAUCCAAAUCAGAAAACACUGUUUGUUAUUGAUGACUUCUGUGGAACCUAUUCCAUAAACCAGUCAGACCUUGACAGUUGGGAACCAGUAAUGAAACAUGUAAAGGUAAUGAUGCAAAAUAAACGAACAAAAAUUAUUGUUGCAUGUCGUUUACAAGUUUACCAAGACAAAAAAUUUGAAUCUUUAUCAAUGUUUAGAACUUGCGUAUGUAACCUCUUAUGUAAAGAUUUGUGUUUAUUACAAACAGAGAAAAAGUCAAUAGCAGAAUUAUAUCUUGACACAAAGGCUUCUAAAAUAAUUCAGUUCUGUGAUUUAUAUGACUGUUUUCCACUUCUCUGUAAAUUGUCUAAAGAUAACCCUGAACUCAAUAUUAUAGAUUUUUUCAAAAAUCCGUUUUCAGUUUACACAGGUGAAAUUGACAAGCUUGAUAAAAACGGGUAUAAUGGAAAAUUCUGUGGAUUGGCGUUGUUAGUUAUGUUUAACAACAAAUUGGAGGAAAAAUGGUUGACAGAGGAAAUCGAUCAUGAAAAAUCAAAGAGAAUAAAAAACACAUGUGAAGCAAGUAGACUGGCCAAAGGAACAUCACGACUGUUUCUGCUUGAUGAACUUAAUUCACUCGAAGAAACUUUUAUAAAGAAAGAACAAGGUGUAUUCAAAACAAAACAUGAUAAAUGCUUUGACUUACUUGCAUGCUAUUUUGGACAAAAAAUGAUUCAGUGUUUGAUAAAGAAUGCACACCCGUUAGUUAUAAUGCAGAGAUUUUUACUAGAAAGAAAAGAUGACAUGGACCAGUUUAUCACUAUUGUUCCAACUAAAUACCAUCAGAUGUACAUACAGAGAAUGAUUGACGACUGGUCUAUAGGUAGAGUACAUAUGGUGUUUAAUAACAUCAAUAUGAAGAUACCAAACUUUAGACAUAGAUUUCUUUUUUACUUGAAUACACUUGAUAGUUCACUCCAGAAACAAUUAUCACUGACCUGUGAUUUAGCUGACAAAUCUACUGUUCUAAUUCAAUGUUGUUUUGUUGGUGAGUUUUCUUUGAUUCAGUGGUGUAUCAAUCAUGGAGCUGAUAUUAAUAAGAGUGAAGAUUCUGGAGCUUCUCCUUUGUUUAUUGCUUGUCAGAAUAAUCAUAUAGAUGUAGUUAAGAUAUUGCUUGACAGAAAGGCAGACUUUAAUAAGUGUGUAAAUUCUGGGGUAUCUCCUUUGUAUGCGGCUUGUUUUAAAAAUCAUUUAGAAGUGGUUACGAUAUUACUUGAUAGAAAGGCAGAUAUUAAUAAGUGUGAUGAUUCAGGAGCAUCUCCUUUGUAUAUUUCCUGUCAAAAAAAUCAUUUAAAAAUUGUUAAGAUAUUUCUUGACAGGAAAGCAGACAUUAAUAAAUGUGUAAUUUCUGGAGAAUCUCCAUUGUAUAUUGCUUGUCAGAAAAAUCAUUUAGAAAUAGUUAAGAUAUUACUUGACAGAAAGGCAGACAUUAAUAAGUGUAGAUAUAAUAAAGCAUCGCCUUUGUAUAUUGCUUGCUUUUAUAAUCAUAUAGAGGUAAUUAAGUUAUUACUUGAUAGAAAGGCAGACAUAAAUAAGUGUGUAGAUUCCGGAGCAUCUCCUUUGUAUAUUGCCUCUUAUUAUAAUCAUAUAGAAUUAGUUAACAUAUUACUUGACAGAAAGGCAGACAUAAAUAAGUGUACAGAUUCUGGAGAGUCUCCUUUGUAUAUUUCCUGUCAGAAUAAUCAUACAGAGGUAGUUAAGACAUUACUUGACAGAAAGGCAGACAUAGAUAAGUGUAGAGAUUAUGGGGUUUCUCCUUUGUACAUUGCUUCUUAUAAUAAUCAUUUAGAAGUAGUUAAGAUAUUACUUGAAAGAAAAGCAGACAUUGAUAAGUGUGAAGAUUCAGGAGCAUCUCCUUUGUACAUUGCUUGUCAGAAUAAUCAUAUAGAAGUAGUUAAGAUAUUACUAGACAGAAAAGCGGACAUAAAUAAGUGUAGAGAUACUGGAGCAUCGCCUUUGCAUAUUGCUUGUCAGAAUAAUUAUAUAGAAGUAGUAAAUAUAUUACUUGAUAGCGAGGCAGACAUUGAUACGUCUAGAGAUUCUGGAGCAACUCCUUUGUAUAUUGCUUGCCAGAAAAAUAAUUUUGAGGCAGUUGAAAUAUUACUUCACAGAAAGAUAGACAUAAAUAAGUGUGAAAAUUCGGGAGCAUCUCCUUUGUACAUUGCUUGUCAGAAUAAUCGUAUAGAAUUAGUUAAGAUAUUACUUGACAAAAAGGCAGACAUAAAUAAGUGUAGAUAUACUAAAGCAUCUCCUUUGUAUAUUGCGUGUUAUUAUAAUCAUAUAGAGUUAGUUAAGUUAUUACUUGAUAGAAAGGCAGACAUUAAUAAGUGCAGAGAUACUGGAUUAUCUCCUUUAUAUAUUGCAUGUGAGAAUAAUUAUAUAGAUGUAGUUAAGAUAUUGCUUGAUAGAAAGGCAGACAUUAAUAAGUGUGAAGAUUCUGGGGCUUCUCCUUUGUAUAUUGCUUGUCAGAAUAAUCAUAUAGAGGUAGUUAAGAUAUUACUUGACAGAAAGGCAGACAUUAAUAAGUGUAGAGAUACUGGAGCAUCUCCUUUGUAUAUUGCUUGUCGUAAAAAUUAUAAAGAAGUAGUAAACAUAUUACUUGAAAGAAAGGCAUACAUCAAUGAGCGUGUAAUUUCCGGAGCAACUCCGUUGCUGAACGGCCUUAACACCAAUUGA